CUCAACUCUGCACAUCAUCAGGACUUUUACUUCUGCGUUAGCGGUUUGUUAUGGUGUGACGUCACUCAGCGGGGCUCGUCCAUGGAUGGAGACUCGGAUGAAGUGUUUCCUGCUGAAGAUCAUUUAUUUAAAGACAGUUUCUCUGUGGAUAAAACAUUUACGUUUUUCGGUCAGGAGUGUUUAAUUAAAGAGGUUUUCGGGGGCAGUUUGGGAGUCGCCGCGUCAGUGUGGGACUCAGCGAUCCAGAUGUGUGAGUUUUUGGAGCGGGAGCGUGUGGAAGUGUGUGGGAAGCGUGUGAUGGAGUUGGGAGCAGGCAGCGGCUUGGUCAGUAUCCUGGCUGCUCGAUUAGGAGCGCGUGUGACGGUGACGGAUCUCCCUCAGGUUCUCCCCCACACUGUGAGGAACAUUAACUCCAACACGCCGCUGACCGGUUGGCCCGCCGGACCCCCCGCCGCGCUGCCGCUGUUCUGGGGUCGUGACCUCGCGCGGUUCUCAUCUCAGUGGGAUCUGGUGCUCGGCUCGGACAUCGUCUACAUCCCCGAGACGUUCCCUCUGCUCCUCCACACUCUGGUCCAUCUGAGUAAAAGCGGCGCUGUAGUUUAUCUCUCGUCUAAAAUGCGCAGAGAACACGACACACACAAGUUCUACGACACGUGGCUGCCUCAGAGGUUCCACGUGGAACUCGUGCACAGAGACGCUAAUAAAAAUAUUAACAUUUACAGAGCCACUCUGACUGGGGCACAGGAACCGUGAGGAACGACCAACAUCACAGCUACGUGUGUGCGUUAGUGUGUGUGUGUGUGUAUUUGUGUGUGUGUGUGUGUGUGUGUUUGGGGGUGGGUUGGGGGGUUUGUGCUUAGUGUGUGACAUGGUGUUCAGAACUUUGAUUAACCAUCAGAAAGUGGUGUGUGGAGGAGCUGAGAGCCAAUCAGAUUGCAGGCUUUAAGAUUCUGAAGCUUGUGGCCAGAAAAGUGUCCUGAACAUUUCCUGGUGUUUAUCUGCUGCAGUCUGCUGAUGCUCUGAUUUCUGUUCACAGCCUCAAUCCCGUUUGUUCCGCUGCAGAGUUUCGGAUAAAGAGCUCACACUGAAUCGCAGAUCUUUAUCAUCAGCUCUGAAACUCGGGCCUGAGUUUAUUCUCACACACUCACGACGUUUCACUGAAACAUAAAGUCCUCAGGAGUUUCUACAGUCUGAAACUUUUUCAGAUUCAGAUUCUGAACUUUCUGAUUUUGUGUGAAAUUAAAACUCACUCAUUCAUUAAAGUAUUUCAUUUGUUUUCUGUAUCAUUUCUUUUAAAAACGUACGCUGUCCUGAAGGAGAA